CCACGGUUGCCGGUGGCUUUUUUCCGCGCUCGGGGUGCGGGGGAAGAACUUCUGCCUCGGCCGCCUCAGAAGAAGCCCGGCUGCUGCUGUCGAGCGCCUGACGGGAGGCAGCGCAGGGUUUGAAUGUCGGAAGGAGGACUUGCGGAGCAUCACAAGUUAGCUGAGUGUCCAUGGCCUCUGAAGACCUUGCUGGCCACUUACUGAACCAAUACACCCGCCAGAAUUCUUACAGUGCUAUUUCUCUGGACUUUGAGCCUGAUGUAGACUAUCAGUUCGUAGAAAACCUAGAGGAAAGAUAUAAAUGUGGCCACUGCCAUCUAGUCCUUCAUAAUCCUCACCAGACAGGAUGUGGGCACAGAUUUUGCCAGCACUGCAUUAUCUCUUUGAAAGAAUUGAACACAGUACCCACUUGUCCUGUAGAUAAAGAAAUAAUAAAGCUUGAGGAGGUCUUCAAAGACAAUUGCUGUAAAAGAGAAGUUCUCAAUUUGCAAGUAUUUUGCAGAAAUUCUCCAGCCUGUGAUGCAAAAACAUCUCUGGGUCGAUAUCAAGAUCACCUACAACAGUGUUUGUUUGAAAGUAUACAGUGUAUUAAUGAGGGGUGCUGUGAAAACGUUCUUCAAAAGGACUUGAAAGAACACCUAGACUUGCAGUGCAACUAUCGAAAGAAACUGUGUCAAUAUUGUAAUCAGCCUAUAAUUUUAAUUAAUUUAAAGGUCCAUGAGAAAACUGAUUGUCCUUAUUAUCCCUUAAUUUGUCCUCAUGGCUGCAAACAGAUAAUUCUGACAAAAGAGGUAGAAAGUCAUGUUUCAGUAUGUCCUGAGAUGGAAAUCGAUUGCCCAUAUAAACUGUAUGGCUGUCCAACAAAGAUUAAAAGAGGAAAACUUUCAGAACAUGAGAAUAUUUCUUUGAGAGAACAUAUGCUAUGGAUCCUGGACAAGAAUUCAAAGCUGGAAGAUCAGAUCUCUGACCUUUAUAAAAACCUUGAAUAUAAAGAGUUGAAAAUCCAGCAACUAGCUGACACAGUUAAAAAGUGUGAAAAAGAAUUCAGGCAGUUCACACAGCUGUAUGGUAAAAAUAGUAACUUGCUGGCAAGCACUCAGACUCUGGCUAUUCAUGUUGAUAAAUCUGCCUGCCUGGAAACACAAGUGAAACAGCUGGUACAAAUGUCAAACCAACAGCAAAGUAAAUUUGAUCUGAGAUCACUAUUGGAGACAAUUGAAAACAUAAAGCAAAAAGUUGCUUUUUUGGAGUCAUUUGAACAACGUUUAGUUUUUCUGGAAGACUUGUCCAACCAACAUGAUGUCCAUCUUGGUAUGCACAGAGCACAACUUAACAAAAAUGAAGAACGGUUUAAGCUUUUGGAAGGGACAAGCUAUAAUGGAAAACUGAUUUGGAAAAUUGUAGACUACAAAAUAAAGAAAAAAGAGGCUAUGGAAGGCCACACUGUCUCUAUAUUCAGUCAACCUUUUUACACCAGUCGCUGUGGGUACAGAUUAUGUGCCAGAGCGUAUCUCAAUGGUGAUGGUUCAGGAAAGGGAACACACGUUUCCCUGUACUUCGUAGUGAUGAGAGGGGAGUUUGACUCACUGUUACUGUGGCCUUUCAAGCAAAAGGUUACACUUAUGCUUUUGGACCAAAGUGGGAAGAAAAAUCACAUUGUUGAAACCUUUAAGGCUAUCCCCAACAGCAAUAGCUUCAAAAGGCCAGAAGGAGAGAUGAACAUUGCCUCUGGGUGCCCUCGGUUUGUGGCACACACUGUGCUGGAAAAUGCAAGAAAUGCUUACAUCAAAGAUGACACUUUCUUCCUAAAAGUAGUGGUGGAUUUGACUGACCUUGAGGAAUUAUGAUAUGUACAUCAAAAGAAUCACUUGAAAAUUCAAGUGUAGUUUGGUGUUCACUGGAUUCUUUCAGUCAUCAGAGAAAAGGUACUCUCAGUCUACUGACCAAUUUUUACGUUUUGAUAGCUUAAUGACUACUUUCUGUACUUUUUCAAAAUUGCAUUAACUAGUUAAGUAUAAUGAGAUGGAUUUUAAGCAUGUAGCAAAUCUAAGUACUAUGAGAAGGUUUUAACAUGUUUGAAAAUUCUUAACUGGUUCACUGUCUCAGGAGUGUGUGUAAGAUUGCAACUGGAAUGAAAUACUAUUGCAGAAUAGAACAGAAUUGCAGAAUAUAACAAAACAUAAGGUCUCAAAAUCUUUUGAAUACAAAGAUACAAGAAAGAUUGUAGAAUACAAAGAUGGUAGGAAAAUCACUAGAAAAUGAUUCUGGAGUAAUUAGUUUCUUGAAAGUGAUAGUAUUGUGACUCUGUAAGUAAGUGGGUGUAUUUUAUAGUUUGAUCAGUCGAAGUUUUAGAUUACUUCUUUAAUUCCCAUUGUGGGGUGGGCAUGAGUUGAAUAUUAUAGAAUUUAGCAUCCACAACUGAUCAUAUUAUCUGUGGAAUGAAUGUGAACAUUUUUCAUGUCAUAAAGGGAGGUUGAUCAGUUUAUCAAAACUCUUUGGUCUUACUGUUAUACAGUAUAAGCAUGAGAAGGUCUUGAGAAGCUGUUUCUGGCUUAGUCCUGUAUAGAAUACACAGGACAUACUUCAGUAUUAAUGAUACAUAAGCAAUAGUUAUUGCCUUACGGUAUUAGCGAUAAGCUUGUAUAGAUUUGUUUUACUUUCUGUAUUGCAUCCUUCUGAAGCAUUAAAACCUACCUAAGUAGGUUGUCUGCAAUGUUCUGCUUUAGUGAGUAUUAGUUCUAUACACACAGGGAAUUACUAACCCAUAUGAUUUUUCAGGACAAGUCAGCAGGCAUUACAUCUCAUAUAAAAACUAAAGAAAAUGAACUUUUGUAAUAAUAAUAUUAGAUUUAUAUACCGCUAUUCAGUACGACUUAACACCCACUUAGAGCGGUUUACAAAGUAUGUUAUUAUUAUGUAUGUUGUAGUAGGGGAAGGAUUGGGAAAUGUAAGAAAACUGACAUCCUGGAAAGGGCUCAUUGGAAUUUAUAUUGCUUAAUUUUCUCUACCCCCUUUUUCCAGCUGAUGGAUGACAUUUCCUUUACUGUAAAGUUUGUUGUUGUGUUGCUUCAAUGGACCAUUUUUAACAUGAAAGACUGUUAUUUUAAUAAUGUUUCUUCUAUGUAUUUUUGUAUCAGUUUUGAAAGUAUGAUAAUUUUUUCUUAGACUGAACUGCCAUCUGCACUGAUUACUUUUUUUACAAGAGUAAAUAAAUAGUUAAGGCAUGUUAAAGAAUAAAGAAAACUUUGAAAACUAUUUUUUUCAGGGAUGCAAGAUCCCAAUCCAGAAACUCUGCCAACCUCUGAGAGCUUGGAACAUGGAAGAGAGUAUGCUGUGUGUCUUCUCUCUCGGUACUUCAGUAGACCUUACUCCCAUUCUCUUUUGCUGACUACAGGAGAGAAUGGUAGGCAAGGAGGCCGUUGGAGCACCAAGAUAGGAGGUGCAGCUGUACAUUCCUGAUGACCUCCCACAACCAAAAGUGACUGGCAGUUUUUAGGUUGUGGUGUGCCAACCUUUUAACUUUUAUACCAUUGCCUGGUUUCUAAGGAGUCGACCUAGUUUUUGUAAAGAUGACCACGUUUUAUUUAUUUCAAAAAUGUCUUACCUAUUUGGAGCUUGGAAUUGCCUCCUAUCACAGAAUGAAAAUUACCUGUAUUUGCAGUACAGAGAAUGGCGUGCUAUUGAUAGCUUCAUCUAAUUCUGUCUUCUAAAGUGUGCAUGAAUUUGUGAGAUGAGCUUUACACAGAAGUUUGUGUUUAUUGCUGUAGUUUUUAACACUUUGUUAUCAGUGCUUUUAAGUUUUCAAUAAAGAAUAUUAAAAAUAA